AUGAUGAGGAGAGCUGAUCCUGUAAAAGCAUCAAAGAAGCUUCCCUUUGAUAUUAUCACAGAGAUUUUGACCUGGCUGCCUAUAGAUUCUCUAGUAAGAUUCAAGCGUGUCUGCAAAAACUGGUACUUUUUGAUUGUUCAUGACCGCAAGUUCAUAGCCAAACAUAUGGAGCGGACCUGUCUUCUGCGACUCAGAUAUGUAUGCAAACAUGAAGCUAACAAGUUAACCGUUAUUUUCGACAAAAGCUUCGGAAUGGCAGCGUUUUGCGCUGGCUUGGUUCUAGAGAAGAGUCUUACUAAUUCUCAAGUUUUCCGAAUUAGAAAUCCUGCAACCCAUCAGGUACUUUACUUGCCUAAUGCACAUGAGGGUACCAGGAAUAUGGACUUUGCUUUGAACCCAUCCACUCAUGAGUGUAAACUGGUAUGUUUUUAUGGCAAAGACAGUGAAGUUGGUUUUGAGGUGUUAACUAUUGGGAAGGAUGAGCAAUGGAGACCAAUGAAACAUCCAAACACAGAUUUGCUGAAACAUCGUGGCAAACCAGCGCUACAAAUUUAUAGAGGAUCAUCUUUUAAGUGUGAGGGGCGUGGUCACUUUGUCCAGGUUACUGGAGAUGGGCAAGAUUGGAACCUGAAAAUUCACUCUCUUGAUAUCUUGAGUGAAUGUUUCAUUACUAAUACCGUGCCCCGGGGAUUUUAUGUAAAUUGGUGGGACAGUUUGGUUUUCUAUUGGAAUGACUGUGUAGCUGUUGCUGAUAUAGGAGAGGAAAAACUUACCGUGCUGGUGUUGGAGGACUACAAGCAGCACAAAUGGAGUAAAAAGACGGUCCGGGUGACAUUUUCAGAGGAUCACAUCACACUGCUGAAGGAUCCAUUUUUUGUUAUCAAUGCUCAUUCUGAUGGCCUUAAUUUUCAUUUUAAGGACAGAUUUAUUCACUAUGAUCUGAAGAGGGAGACAAUUGAGAAGGUAAAUAUUCGCCUGGGAAUCAACUUCUGUUUGGUUAAGCCAAGCCUGAUAGCUCUUAAGGGAAUGAAAACAGGGAAGGUUGCCUGCAGCAUUUGA